UAAACGCGCCUCGGUGAAUAAUAGCCAAACUGUUGAACUUAUAGAAAAAUGUUCAGUAUAAAAGUUUUACCUACAUUCCAUCUCUGCUAUAACCUAAAAUUAUUUUCAAGAAGGUAUGCAUGAUAUCCCAGAAAAGUGUAAUACGAAAAGCUACAGCCUCUAUGGGUCCUGUAGAUAUUCAACUUUAAAUUCUUAUUUGGGUUGAAUACAGCGUAUAUAGAAAAAAACAUACUUUUUUAGAUGGUCAUAUAUUUUCGCCACUGGUUCUUAAUUUCCUUCACAAAUUCACAUGUUAGUCUAGUUUCUCCUAAACUAUCUUUAUUUUUUGAUUUAAGUAUACAUGGUGUCCAAAUUAUUUGCUUAAACGUGUCUUGAAUUCUAUUUCAAUUGAGUAUCUUGAACCGCGAGGGGAAUCUGGUGUACAAAUUAGGGCAAAUCAAGAGGAAAUCCAAGAAAAUCUAAGGCAUUCGGGGGAAAUCAUAAUGAAAUGAGAGGGAAUCGAGGAAAAUCUUGAGGAAAUCAGUUUGAAGUUAUAUGCUCUUGGGCAAUCUUACUGGUAAUCAGAAGAAAUCAAAGGGUUAUGGAAAAUCAUCCAUGAUUUUCUCUAAAACCGCAAUCUGGUGUAUAAAUGAAAGGAAAUCAAGAGGAAAUCCGAAGAAAUCAGGGAGGAAUUAUAGGGAAAUCACAGGAAAUCAAAGGAAAUCUCAAGAAACUCAAGGUAAGUUUUAAAGAAAUCAUGGGAAAUCUUAAGGAAGCCAGUCCAUCAUUCAUAAUUUCCCCUAAAACUACGAUCUAGGUGUACAAGAACUGACCUACGGUUUACCCCUCGGUUCAAAGUUUUCUAUGGUUACUCUCAUUCUCUCUCCCUUGGAUUUAUCUGUUCCCAAUUUUUGAUUCCUCUCCCUCUGUUUCACCGAGUCAUUUACUGGUUAGUGAUGCCGAGAUUCCUGUCUCUCGUCUCCAAUUUUCUCUCGAAAAGACACUUCAAGACAAAAUAACAGAAUGCUGUUUCUCGAGUUCUCUCGCUCUCUCAAGCAAUAUAAAUUUAUUCUUAUUGUUAUAUUGCUUAUGAAUGCUUAAAAUAACUAAAUACAGACUGUUUUGUUUUAUGUAUUUUUAUAAGUUGAUCUUUGAAUAUACAGAGUGUUAGGUUCCUAACAUCAAUGUGAUGAUAAUAAGUUACCUACGUAGUCCAAUAUUUUCCAGAGCCUUGGGUAUCAUGGGUAAUAUUACAUCGAGCGAGAAUACAUUUCUGAAUAUUUUCUUGACCUCGUAGUCCGAAAUUAUUCUCUUUUGGGAGAGAAAUCAAGACGAGACGAGGGAAGAACUCUCUAAUCUCGCAUCGAGGGUCUCUCGUCGAGAAAUUAUGUUCUCUCGAACUUUCGAGACAAGACGAGAGAGAGCGUAUUCUCGUCUCGAUUGAUAAUUUCUGAUCUUUCUGAGUCAUGCGCGAGAAAUUUCCCAAUCAGUAUAAUUAUGUAUGUAAUACUAACAUGCUUUUAAAUAUAUGUAUUAAUGCACUUUCUCUAUCCAUGAAGGCAAUUGGUAGAGGCAUUCAAAUUUUUCUCGCUCAGAAAUGGUUAAACUUCUUCUCAGAUGGGUUAGAUGGGUAUGGUUUUUUUGUGCAAAAUUCUGAGAUAUUUCAUUUUGUGCAAAUCUGAGUCUCAUUCUACCUACAAACUUUACCAGAAUAUCUACUGACCGUUUCAGGCAGGUACUCAUUCAAUCAACAAGUGCUAAAAUUGAAUUUUUAGAAAAUGUAGGGCUUACCGGAAUGAAGUCUCACUCCAGGACAGGAAAUCUUCUGUUAUCCAUAUUAAUGGUAAUAAAUCUAAAAAUAUACAAAUAAUAAUUAAAAAUUAGCUUCAUUAAUCAAUGCAGGAAAGGUAAUCUGACGUCGUUACCUUUGUCAAAAAUUUAUUGUCAUUGAAAAUCAGCUGUCACUACCUAAUCUUUAAUAAUUGAAUCAUAAAUUAAUCGUAUUUGAAAGUAUGCAAUUAAGUUUACAAUACCAAGUAAUUUCAAAUUUUGAUGAUACAAAAGCCUCUUGACUUGUAGAUACUAACCGCUCAAUUAUUAAAAUCAAGAGCCUCUUGGAACCACCUGUAUUAUGUAAUUUCAUUUUGAAAGAUUACCAUAAAUUAAAAUCCUUGAUGAUUACAGUCCAUUUGAAGUUGCAUAAACAUUGUCAUUACAUUACCAUCAUAGACUAUUUGUUAAUUAUACAACAUCCGACAUAAAAUAAUGGUUACCUAAAUACCGGUGCCUGACUUGUAACUUGAAUGCAUUUAUAUAGCAAAAUUGCCAUUUUAUUUCGUAUACUUAUAGUGAGUAGACAACUUCACAUCAACGCAGUGCAAAAAUAACAAAAUAGAAAGUAAAUGCAAUAAGUAUAUUGUGCGAAGGUUACCUAUUCGAUAUAAGCCUUGUUGAGAUAAUAUGGUUGUUGAAGUGGCUUCCGCAAACUAAGUCUACCAACGUUUGUGUGUUGAUGUUUUUGAGAAUAAUCGGAUUCAUCUACAUUUUAUUCGACGAUGGCGGACUUGGAUAGACAUCCCUAUGGUACCAACCAAUCGAUUUCCGGUGUUUAUUCGGCAUCCACGUCUACACUUGUCCGGAAUGACGAAAUUUCCAUGUCAGAAAAACCCUCAAUCAACAAACAGAACGACCUAGAGUACAACCCUUACGAGCACCGCAAUGUAGAGCAUCCCAACGGAUUCACUGGUGCGUUCUUACACAUCUGCAAAACCUCUUUGGGAACGGGGAUUUUGGCUAUUCCAAGAGCUUUUAAAAGUGCUGGCCUUUUAGUAGGCUUUUUCGGUACUAUUUUAGUAGGGAUAAUGUGCACUCAUGCCAUACACAUAUUGGUGAAGGCUUCAGGAAAAAUCUGCAAAAGAACAAAGACUCCCAGUUUAGGCUUCGCCGAUACCGCUGAAGGAGUUUUCAAGUCAGGUCCUCCUAAGCUCAGGAAAUAUGCGAAAUUUGCCAAAUAUUUCGUUGAAGCAGGCCUGUUUUCGAUCCACUUUCUAGCCGAUUCAGUGUAUAUUGUUUUUAUUACAAUAAGUUUGACUAAGCUAAUCUCAGCUUAUUAUCCUGAAAUCGAAACAUGGAGCGACUGGAGCCUCAAACUAAUCCUUCUCAUCCCGUUGCUUAUUUGCGGCCAAGUGCGUGAUCUAAAGCAUCUGGUACCGUUUUCAUUAAUAGCCAACGUGAUGCUAUUAGUUACCUUUGGUACCACUGGGUACUACAUGUUUUCCGGAAUAGAAAACAUCAACAUCAAAGACAGGCAUUUGGCUACUAGUUUAUCAGGUAUUCCAUCUUUCUUCAGCACGGUACUGUUUUCAAUGGAAGGCAUCGGUACUAUUAUGCCUGUAGAAAAUUCCAUGGUCACUGCCAAUUUUCUGGGUUGUCCAGGGGUCCUUAACUUUGCCAUGGGCGUUGUUAUCACUCUUUACACAACAAUUGGGUUUUUUGGCUAUUACAAGUUCGGAGAAGAUACUGCGGCCACUAUAACUUCCAAUUUACCCACGGGAGAGAUUCUUGCAGAAGUAGCCCAAGGAGCAAUAGCCAUUGCAGUAUUUUUUUCUUUUAUGCUGGUCUUUUACGUGCCAGUCGAUAUUCUGUGGUCGAAAAUGAAGGAUCGAGUGCCCAAUAAGUGGAAGAAUGUUGCCCAAAUUGGGCUAAGAAGUAUUCUUAUUAUUUGGGCGACAGGUAUCGCUAUAGCAGGUGGUGAAAAUCUAGGCCUACUAAUCGACCUAGUGGGUGCCAUUUUCCUAUCAAUUUUAGGAUUGUUUGUGCCAGCCUUUCUAGACACAGUCGCCGAUUGGGAAGAUGGUUGGGGCAGAUUCCACUGGAGACUAAUCAAGAACUGUAUAUUUAUGUUUUUGGCCGUUUUCGGCAUGAUUUCCGGAGUCUUUUACGCAAUCAAGGAUAUAAUCCAUUAAAAACAAAAAAACCUGUGAUAACAUUAGUAA